AUGGAAACCAUUAAACCCAAAUCAGCAAUCAACAGUAAGAGCAAUAAAUUGGCCAAGACAUUCCAGAAAGUGAUUAGCUUCCGAGCUGCAACCAAAAUUGCUUUGAACAAUGGCAUGUGCAUUCUCACCUCACAAUCCAGAGUCAAGCAACAUCUUUUAACUGAUAGGCUCAAAACCCACAAAGGUAAUCGUAAGCAUGAAGACAUUAAAGCUCGAAAUAGAGCAGUUAUGGAGGCUCUUAUUGCAAAGCUAUUUGCUGGUGUUAGCACUAUCAAAGCAGCUUAUGCUGAACUCCAAAUGGCUCAGCACCCUUACAACAACGAGGCCAUUCAAAAAGCUGAUCAAGCUGUGGUAGAUGAACUGAGAGCUAUCUCAGAGUUGAAGCUUAGCUUCUUGCAGAAAGAGCUUAAACUUUCACCCCAAGUCACUCUAAUGCUUGCAGAGAUUCAAGAACAGCAAAGCCUAAUGAAGACUUAUGAAAUCAUCAUCAAAAAGCUUGAAGCACAGGUUCAUGUUAAGGAAGCUGAACAUUCAUCCCUCAAGAAACAUAUUGAUGAGUGCAUUCCCUACAACAAAUCACUUGAAAAGAAGCUAAACUCAAGUGGGUCUUUGUCCAUGCUUGAAAAUCUUCAGCUUUCUGUGCUAAGCCCAAGCCAUUUCGUCCAGUUCCUUCACCGCACGUUAAGAUCAAUCAGGAGUUUCGUCAAGUUGAUGAUCUGUGAAAUGGAGUCUGCUCAUUGGGAUCAUGAAGCUGCCGUUAGAUUCAUCCACCCAGAUGCAGUUUUUGCCACACCAAACCAUCAAUACUUAGCAUUUGAAUCCUUUGUUUGCAUAACAAUGUUUGAAGGCUUCAACUAUCCAAACUUCACUGUGCCUAGUCAGUCACUUGAGAAACCCCACCACCACCACAGCCAACAACUCUACUUUGACAAGUUCAAAAAGCUCAAAUCUUUGAACCUAAAACACUACUUAGCACAAGGUCCAAACUCAUCCUUAGCCAGGUUCUUAAAAUCCAAGUACCUUCAAGUGAUUCAUGCCAAAAUGGAGUGCUCCUUGUUUGGCAACUUGAACCAGAGGAAGCUACUCAACAAUGGGGGUGUCCCAGAUUCUGAGUUCUUCAUGGCUUUUGCAGAGAUGGCCAAGCGUGUGUGGGCUUUGCAUUGUUUGGCAUUUUCAUUUGAAGAAGAGGUCACCAUUUUUCAGGUAAAGAAGAACACUAGGUUCUCUGAGGUGUACAUGGAAUGUGCAGCUGAACAACAACUGCUUUCAACCUCAGGGGAAGCCGCUGAUUUCAACUCCGGUGAGCUCAGGGUGGGUUUUACGGUGGUUCCGGGUUUCAAGAUCGGAAAAACCGUGAUACAGAGUCAGGUAUACAUGUCUCCGGUGGGUUCUCCGGCGAGUUGCUGA